AUGACAUCCAAACCCAGUCCCGCAAUUACUACAACCUACUCUCCGACGCCGUCCUCGAAAAAAACACGGCCUGAUGUCGAUUGGGUCCGACCCGACAGCCGUGGAUUCCAUCAGUGUCGCCCCGCAUUUUUCAGGACAGCUGCUGUAAAUGCUGCUGCUGGAUCUGCCUAUGCCGAGUUUGGAAAUACAAAGGUCAUUGUUUCUGUAUUCGGACCCAGAGAAAGCAAGAAGGCAAUGAUGUAUAGUGAUGUGGGCCGGUUAAAUUGCAACGUUAGCUACACGAAAUUUGCUACCCCAGUGCGUAAUCAGGAGGCAGACUGUAAAGAGUUGUCGUUGAUGCUUCAUAAAGCUCUCGAAGGUGCCAUAUUGUUGGAAACCUUUCCAAAGACAACAGUAGAUGUUUUCGCUUUGGUGUUGGAGUCUGGAGGCACCGAUCUUCCUGUGGUAGUGUCCUGUGCAAGCCUUGCCCUAGCUGAUGCAGGGAUUAUGAUGUAUGACCUUGUUGCUGGAGUUUCUGUGGCCUCUCUCAGUAAAAAGAACCUAGUGAUUGAUCCAGUACAAGAAGAGGAAAGCUCUCAAGAUGGAAGCCUAAUGCUGACUUGUAUGCCAUCAAGAUACAAGGUUACCCAGCUAACCAUUACCGGGGAAUGGUCAUCUGCAAACCUUAAUGAGGCUAUGGAGCUGUGCCUCGAUGCUUGCUCCAAGCUUGCGAAAAUUAUGAGGUCUUGUCUGAAAGAUGCUGCAUCUUUAGCUGCCCAAGAGUAG